UUAAAAAUAGUAAAUAUUGAGAAGUAGAUAUAGAAAAAUUCUAAAAAAGUGCAUAAUUAAUUAGUUGGUUAACCAGUGCUUUCGUUUACAUUUUCAUUAAAAAAUCGUUACAUAUAUAUGUAUAUGUAUUAUUUUCUAAAACAAAUAACCUACAAAACGUGUUUGUAAACGUAAUCGCUUCAACAGAUGCAGCUGGCGACACGGCCAUUGAGCCGGCUGUGAUCCGUCGUCGUUAAGUGCCGUCGGUUCGACUGUGGCUGCUUUUUCGUUGGUGCCUUCGUGGCGAUCAUGCGGGUCAUAGCUGAUACGGAUGAACCACCAGCAAAAUGUUGCAGAUAUUGUGAGGAGUCUACGCAGCACGGCGUGGACGGCGGCCCUGAAUCGUGGCGUUUAACGCUCGAUCAGGAUCUAAUUGAUACGCUUAAGCGUAGCUUUCCCACUUGGUUUCAAGCGCCUACCGGCACUGCCGGUAACAACACAACCAACAGCACAACAACAACAACAGCAGCAUCAGCUACAACAAGUGCAACUGACACAGCAGCAAGUAAAGCGGUGACAGAAAACGGAAAGUCAAGCAGCACUGCAACAGUUGGCGAGACAAUCAAAUGCAAGAGCACAGCAAAUAAUAAUAAUAGUUACAACAACAACAAUACAAUAAUUAAUAUCGCAAAAAGUGCGAGCCAUUGCGUGACCCCGAUAACAGUUGAUACGACAAAUCAUCUGCAUCAACAACUGCCAUAUCUGCAUCAUCUUCAUCAGCACCACCGCCAACAGCAGCCGCCGCAUCUUAGUAACGGAAAUAGCUUGAAGCGACAUAGCAGUGACGGCGUCGUAAUUGGCAAGAGCGUCACCUCACCGCAGCUCAGUAGCAGCGGUUACUCAGCAAUUUUAUCUUCGUCCGCAUCGCCCGCUUCGUCGAUAGCAUCGAAUUGCUCAGUGACCUCAUCGAAGAAAUCCACAUCUAGUCAUAAGAGUAACAACAGCAGCAGUAGUAGUAGCAGCAGCAGCAGCAGUAGUAGUAGUAGUAGUAGUGCCUCAUCCUCAUCUUCCAGCGCUUCGUCUGUAUCUUCGAAAUCAUCUUCAUCGUCCUCUGCCAACUCAGUUGCGAGCACUUUUUCGAAAACUUCCGCCGCCGGUGCGCCCAAAGCAACAACCGCAAAAUCCGCAAAUACCGCAAACGGCGUAAAUCAUAAGUCUGCCAACGGCUCAGCGUCAGAAUCGGCGUCUGAAACGAGCAAAAAGUGUGCUGCAACAAAAGCAGCUGUAAAAUCGGCUGUCAAGUCGAUAGUGAAGGCACGUGAAAAAUCUGCUGCGGCGGUAUCAACACUUUCCGCGACGCCAGCUAAAGACACUUCAGUGCCGGCGCUUACCCCUGUAACCGCUAGCACUGGCAGCGCAGCAGUCGUGUCGAAGGCAAUUACUAAAUCAGCGUCACUGCAUUCGUUGAGCAGCUGUUCCGGCGGCUCAGCGUCACUACUCGCAACAUUCUCAUCGCCCGGCUCGACACCAACCACCGUAGAGAUUAUAUCGGAUACGUCGUGUAACGCGCUGCUGACAGCCGCACAACUGAGCGGCAAAGUGGGCUUCGAGCAUACAUUUCAAGAUAUUAUACUGUUGCAGGAGGCAUACGACGAUAUGUCAGAAGGUGAACAACGCUUGAACGCAGCGACAGCAUCAUUCCUGAGUGGCAUCGUCGGUGGUAUUAGCAGUGAUGAUGGCACAAAUUCCGAUGGCUAUGAUCCGAGGCAAUCACCGCCGAAGGCGAUUGUCGAUUCCAGUCCAUUGCAGCCAGCGAUGGAUAAGAAUAAAGAAUCGCUUAAAGUGAAAUUAAUGGUGAGACGACCACAUUCACAGCUCGUCGAACAGGGAAUCAUACCACCCCUGAAAACCUCACCCGCCAUACACGAACAAUGCAAACAAUUGGAACGCGCCAAAACCAGCGACAUGCUGAAGGCGAAAAUACAACAGCGACCAAAUCGCGAAGACUUAGAGCGACGACACAUACUGGAGGAGGAUGAGUGUCAUAUCGAUCCGAGUUUGGCGGAGAAACAGCGUAUGCUGAAGAAAGCACGUUUGGCCGACCAACUCAACUCGCAGAUACAACACCGGCCGGGACCACUUGAGCUGAUCAAGAAGAAUAUUCUGCAUACCGAGAAACCAAUUGAGAAGAUUGUCAAAGAGGGUUUGGUGUCAUUCAAGGCCACAAGCGAGGGUCUACUGACGCGACCACAACAUCCACACAGUUACGUUACCUAUGAGGAGGACUCACAGAGCUCUGAGAGCGACACACGUCAGACGCCGCCACGUGUCGAUGAGCGGAUCAGCGCAUGUGGCAGCACUGGUGAUGCUUUACAGGCCGCUGCUGCCUCGGCGGGCAUAGUUACUGUUGCGCUGACCAUACCAACAAGUGGUGGUCCCGUAGUGGUAACAUCUGCACCCUUGCUGCAGAGUAAUAGCGCCACUACCGCAAAAAUAAAUACGGUGCCACCGCCGCCGCCGCCACCACCACCAACUACAUCGGCGGGGCUUAACGCCGCCAGCAUACAAGUCAAACAAGAGACAGCGAAUCUAUUUGAAGAGCUUUGCCAGUCGGUAGCUGGCCCAUCUGCUAGCCCUGGUGGUAACUUCUUGCCGAUGAUCUCCUCACCCGCUUCGCUAACAUCGACCACUUCGACAUUGAGUCCACUCUCUUCCAUAGCCUCACCGUCGCAAACGCUGACCUCUUUGCCGCCGUUGAGUUGUCAGUUGUCGCUUGCCAAAUCGGAUGCGCCGGGUAAGGAGAAGAAUAGAAAAAAAUCCAAGUCGAAACCGACAUCCAAGGCGCGUACCAUUAAGUUUCAUGAAUAUAAAGGGCCGCCAAAUGCUGCACAGAAACUGUGUAGCGAGAGCAGUCAACCAGAGGAGACCUCCUAUCAAUUGAUGUUGGAGCAACAAAAUUGUUUGCUUAAAUUUCUUGAGACACUCAAUAAGAACCAGACAAUAGUUCCAGCAGCCAGCAGCGCGGCAGUGACCAGUCCGAACGCAAAUGCCUGUGUUUCAGGUGGUUUGGUUACCACUGUGGCUAAGACGAAUGCCGCCGCGGCAACAACAGCAGUCACAAUGACUAAGUUCCCCUCAGCGCUACCCUCACCAGCACCAGCUACUCCUUUGUCUGCCGUGACAUCGGUAAGCGAUUGUGCAAGCAGCACGGCGUCACCAGCAAACUCGACUUUCUCCAUUAUUUCCACGCCACGUCCACCGCCGAUGCCAUCUCCAGCGCUCUCCGUGAUAUCGUCCAUACCACCAAGUCCAGCUACGAGCUAUGCUGAGUCUACUUGUUCGACCACAGAAAUAACGCGUUUGGAGAAAAUGAAGGUUUCCGACUUGAAGAUGCAUCUGAAGCGACGCAAUUUGCCUGUGUCAGGCCCAAAACCUCAACUCAUUGAGCGUUUGAAACCUUAUUUGCCGCUGGAAGUCACCGAGUGCUCGACCAUCGUGAAUACGCCAACCUCCACAGCAUCCUCAGAGAUCAUCUCCACUUCGACGACUGAGGCUAUGGACGCCAAUUCCAGCGUAACAACGGAAUUGCCCGUCGCCAUGAUUGUGAACUCACCACAAGCAGCUGCUAUGUCACCGGAGCGCCGGAAUUACGAACACGAGCAAAUGGACAUAGUACAACAAGAUGAUCCGCCACGACCCGUGCCAUUGCAGACUAUACUGCAGCCAAAACCACAAGCCGCUACCAUCAUACUCACCAAUGAUGAACUGGUGCGUGAGCAGAAGCGUCAGAUUGACGAGCUCCAGCGUAAACUUCAACGUUCACAGCAAGAGCUGCAGCAGAUGCGCCAAAAGCAGCAGUUGAGUAGUCAACAACAAAAGCAGCUGCUGCAUCCACAACAGCAGACAGUCACGGCGCAGGUGGUGAACGCAUUACCAACACAGCAAAUAACGCUCAUCACCACCACAACAGCGCCUCACUGCGCGCCCCUCACCGUUUUGCCGCAAAUAAAGGAGAAUAUAACCCUAACCCCCACCGCCACAAAGGUGGUGGCCGUGAAGUCACAAUCUGCCAAGGCCAGCGCAGCCAACGCCGCCGCACAAAAAGCAGCUGCCAACCAACACAACACAACGACAGUGACUCCGCAAGCGAUGUCGCAGAAAAUGGUGGUGAAGCAACAGCUGGAGGCGAAAAUACAAAAGCAAAAGCAAGCGGCGGCAGCAGCCGCCGCCGCGGCUCAAGCGCAGGCACAAAAACAUCAACACGCGCAGGCUCAAGCUCUGGCUCAGGCACAGGCGCAAGCUCAACUUCGUCUACUCACCACCGCCACCACCACCAACCAAAAGACACAAACUCUACUCAUUCCAACAGCUGUUACUUCGGCAACAACAGUUGCAGCGACGAAGGUCGACGAGUGCAAAAAGUUGCCGAAUGCGACGCGUCAAAAGAAUUCCAACAACAAUAUGGCAAAUAAAUGUAACAACAAUGCUGCCAAUGUAAAUGCCAACACAACAACAAUACUCGCUAAUCAAAUACCGUUAACAGCGAAAACGCACAAUAAUCUUGGCCUGGUGUGGAACGAGGGUAACCAGACCAUCUUCCUCGUCGGCUUGAACGAUCAGCACAUGACGGCGCACACGAUCGGUAAUAUCUCGCUCGCGAAUGCAAGCCCGGCCACCAAGAAGCUGUUGAAUGGCCAUCAGCGCACGAGCUCGCUGCCGAGCAUACUCUUUCCCAUAGCAACACCGGGCGGUCAUGAGCGUCAACAGCAUUUGAUCGAGGCGAAACCGGUGAUUACCCAGCAGCAACUGCAACAAUUACAACUACAACAACAACAACAACAGCAAUUGCAGCAAUAUCACAAUCGCGUCUUCCAGCCCCACACACAGCAGAUCAUACAAUUGGACAUAAAGCCACAAAACCUACCUCCGCCACCACCGCCGCCGCCACAAUACGAGGAAGCAACCAAGCAGCUGGCGGCUAAGGCCAAUUUGGCGCAGAUCAAAAUCAAGGAAGAACCCAAUACCGAUCGCAACACGCCACAGGGUCAUACCACUAACUCAGUCACUACGCAGACGACCAGCAAGCGCAAGAGUGCUGUGAAGUCGGAGAAAGCUGCGAACGUGUUGGACAUACUCGUCAAACAAGGAGAGUUACCGGAGAACGUACUGGAACCCAUCACACCCGUCACGCCACUGACGCCGGGCGGCAGUAAUGCACUUAUGACCGACAUGAGCGGCAAUCUAAUAUUCAGCACAGCCAACGUAAACGUCCAAAGUGCUGCAGAUCUGCUCGCCGCCUCAGGCGGGCUUAUACCUAAACGAGAGCCACAAAGUAGUCCGAUGCCCGAGUGCAAUAUAUCCGCACAGCCGAUGGACACAACGCCCUGCGGCACACAACAACAGCGUCAGCAUCAGCAUCAGCUUACCCAACAGGAGCAGCAGCGCGAGCAGACGCAACGUGAUAUGGACAGUGUUUUCCAAAUGUUGAGCGGUGACAGUGAUGUGCCCUCCACAGCAAUGAGUUCACCACUUCACACCGGCUUUAUUGAUAACAUCGAUAUGACCUCGCCGCUGCAGCCGGACACUCAUAUUGAUGCUGAAAGUGUGGCUAAGACGUUUGACAUUUUCCUGGAGCAACAUCAUUCCACACCACCGCCACCGCCACUGGUCCUCAGCCAGCAACACCAACAUCGACAACAUCAAUCGCCUACACAUCACGACAUGCUCAGCAAGGCAAGUACAUCCUCGGAAAAGGUUAUGUCACACGCAGUCGGCAGCCCGGACGCGAAACUUAAUCACUUUGAUGAAAUCGAACUGUUCGAAUUGAUGUCACAGCAGUUGGAGAUGGAUAUUGGUGGUGAUGAUGCAAGCAAUUUUCCAGCGCAUAUCACGAGUAGCGGAGUGGCCGGCGGCGGCAUAGGAGCCGUUAAUACUGUCCACCAAGAGCAGCAUUUACAUCAUUCCAGCGGUGACUGCAAGUGUGGCAAUGGCGUUGACUCGCCCUCGUCGUCGUCGUCGUCGACGUCGUCGAGCUCAUCGUCGUCCGCCACACUGAAUGGUCUGAGGCGUGACAUGAAUCCCAGUUUGCAGCCAUCGAUCAAUGAGCUUAUACAGCAACAUCAUCACCAACAACAGCAGCAACAGCAAUACCAUCACAUGCAACACAUGAGCAACAACAACAAUGGCAGCAACGAUAACUGUGGUCGUGAUAUGUUGAGCUCGACGGACGUGGAUUUCGAUGCUGAAAGCUUUGUCGCACAACUGGCGCAAGUGAGCGACCAAGAAGGCUUGUCGACCAAUAGCAACAACAACCACAGCAUGCUGAGUACUGGCAUGAAUGACAUGGUCGUAGCUGGUACUCCACACAGCAACAACAACAGCAACAAUAACAACUGUCUCAAUGAAGUUGGCGGCUCUGGCUCCUCGAGUCAACACAACAACGAACCCAUACACACGCACGCCAACGAUAAUCAUUUUAAUGCUACGCCCAUGGAUGUUUGCGAUGAUUUCGAUAAUCCGCUCGGCUCUUUCAGUUUCGCCUCCUUUUCGCCCGACUCCAACAUCAACACGCCACCCCAUCCAUUUGGCGGUGGUGUUGGCGGUAGUGAUAGCGUCGUCAGCGGUAACGCCAUGCUGAAUGGUGGCUGCAAUCUGAGUCUGGGCAUUGGCGGUGGUAUGGUGAGCGGUGUUUGCGGUGUCGGCACUGGCAGCGCCGCCGGUAGUGUUGGCGUUGGCUUAAUGCCUCUAACCGCCAACUCUUCACCGUCGUCGUGCGGCAUGCAAGCCAACAACAACUCUAACUCUAUGGGAAUGGGUGUGAGCGAACAAAUGUCAAUAUGUGGUCUUAGCGAUGGCAGCACAAUGAUGGGCUUGGGUAGCAUGGGUAGCAUGGGUGGCAUGGGUGAGAGUGUGGGCAAUGCAGGUGGUAGUGAUAGCUUUGGUGCGGCUGGUGAUAUCUUAGAUUUAUUCAAUAUAGACGACUACAAGAUGUCAUGGGGUGAGGGAGAUUUCGCUGUGUAAGUGUAUGGUAGAGCAAGAAGCGUGUAGAGUUGAGUGAAAGACAGCGAAAUAGGCAAAGGCGAGGACGAAGCCGCGAGGGUUGUAGUUCAUUUGUUUACUCAAAUGUAAUAUUGUUGUUGUUGUGAGUAACCGGAAAUUGAAUUAAUGCUAAUGGCAUUGCGGCCAAUUGUGGCCAGAGCACACUCAAGCAUUGCAUGUUUGGUGGACGCGGUGUUGAUAGCGGAAGUGCGUCGUCGAGGCUGUUCGUUGGCUAGUUGUCUACCUUUAUUAGGCAAUUACUAGGCACAUAUUCGGCCGCUAAAAGGUCUCGACGUUUGCCGUUUGUAUGGCGUUAUUAAACAACUAACGGUUUGCUCUUGCAAUAUGUACAACACUAGCUGCAUAUAUGUAUGUACAUAUAUAUGUCAAGCCAUACACAUUAUUACUGAUUCAACAUUAACCAAUAAAUAAAUAUUUAUACAUUCAAGCUUAUUCCUUUUUUUCUACUAUUAUUACUUACAUACAUA